AUGGCAGUAGACCAUCUGCUCACAUCCUUCAUCCUCCUCCUCAUCAGUAACACAGGGUUCAGUGCUGAGAUCUCUGUGUUUGUUCAGACGGGAGAUUCUGUUCAACUGGAUAUACAGACAUGUGAACUACCAGAGUUUAAUCUUUUAUUCUGGAUAAAUGGAAAAUCUGAGAAUAUAGUUAUCUAUAUACAUGGAGUUAAAGUAAAUCCUCACCCUUCCUACAAGGACAGAGUGGAUUUCAAUGAUGAAACCUUCUCUCUCACACUGAAGAACAUGCAGAAGACAGACAGUGGACUCUAUACAGCAAGAACAAGUGGACAUUCGGAGAAGAAUAUUGUUACAUACAGAGUAUCUGUUAUAGACGCUGUGGAGGCUCCUGUCCUGACUGUAAACUCAAACUGGUCCAGCAGUGACUCCUGUACUGUGAACUUCACAUGCAGAGCUCAUGACCUCAUGAUUCACUCCAGCUAUCAGAACAACAGAUGCUCUCCAGAGGAAGUGACAUCACAUGAGAUCUACACUCUCAUCCUGAACUGCAGUGAGGAAUCCAUCAUCUGUAACCAUAGCAACCCAGUUAGCAGCAAAAUAGACAGAAUAAACAUCAAACAGCUCUGUGAAGAAAGUGAUAGACUACCAUCCCACUCUCCUACAGUUCAUCUUACAUACAUGUGUUUAUUGUGUUUGGUGUUGUGGGAGUGAUUUGUGGUUUUAUGGUUUGGUCCUGGCAAGAAUAAUAAAGGUAUGUCCAUCUCGCUAAUUUAAAAAAACUGAAAAGGUUUUUUUAGUGCUGAAAGAAUGUUGGAAUAUG